CAUUGACAAGUAUCAGUCGCAUUCAGUGAGAAUGAUUUAUUACCUACUUCUUACAGUUCUAGUGAUUUCAACUGUCGACAGUACACGUAUAAAGGCGAUUUAUCCAACCAUAGCCAACCUGCUCCACGAUUCAUCCUUUCAAGUUGGUGACAAUCAUUCUGGUCUCCAGUAUCAUCCAGUUGUGGAUAAACGAUCGAGGCAUGCGUGGAUAUGUGCACUUUCUCCGAUUGUAUGUAUAGUACUGCUUGUUACAUCACCGUGAUUUAUUUAUCUUGUCGGUUGUAACCAUCCGACAUAAAACAAAACAUUCAAUAUCUAAUAAAAUAUUCAAAUUCAA